AUGCAAAAAAAGAUGAUGAACUUCAAGUCCAAGAGGUUUGGGAUCAGAUUUGGAUUUGGUAAGAGAAUCAACAAUAAAGGCACACAACAAGAUCAUCAACAAAAGGGUAUUGGUAAUAACAACAACAAUAGUAGCUGCAGCAACUGUGAGAUCAAAUGGGAACUUAGGCCAGGAGGUAUGCUUGUUCAAAAAAGACAAGAGAGCAUUGGUGAAGACUUGAUCUCCAUUAGAGUCUCUACUUUUGCUCAUUUUCAUGAUCUCUCCAUUGAAGCCUCCUCCAGUUUUGGAGAACUUAAGAUGGUAUUAUCGUUGCUUACGGGUUUAGAGCCCAAACAACAAAGGCUAUUAUUCAAAGGGAAAGAAAGAGAGGAUGAUGAAUAUCUACACAUGGUUGGUGUUGGAGAUAAAGACAAAGUAUUGUUGUUAGAAGAUCCAGCCUUCAAAGAGAAAAAGCUUCUUGAUCUUAACAACAUUCCCACUCCUUGUCCCACUAUAAUCGUAUAA